AUGGGUGUCACACGAACAAAGACCAUCAAGAACAAGCACGCCGCUGCUCCUGGUGUUGCAAAAACUUCCAAACGCUCCGCCACCGAUGGCAUUGCUAAGUCCAAGAAGUCAAAGGGCCCCACGCUGAGCAAGCAGGUCAAAGACAAGGGUCGCGAGGCGCUUCUGCAAAAGUUCAAGAACCCUAAGAAGAAGAAGUAUACGGACCAACAGCUUGGGAUUCCCGAACUCAACACUGUCACGCCCGUAGGCGUUAUCAAACCUCGUGGGAAGAAGAAAGGCAAGGUUUUUGCUGAUGAUCAGGAAAGUAUGAGUACUAUCAUGGCGCUUGUCCAAGCGGAGAAGGAUGGUCUGAUCGAGUCCAAGAUGAUCAAACAACGUCAGAUGGAAGAAAUUCGCGAAGCGCGCAAGGCCGAGGCCGAGAAGAAAGAACAAGAAAAGCAGUCGAAACUUGAGGAUACCAAAGACUCUCUCCGAAAGAGAAGAAAGCGCAAGAGCACGGGUAACGAAGAGGACAAUAUCAAGGAGUUCACUACCAGCGGUAGCAAGGGGACAAAAGCAAAGAGCAAGAAGCGAGUAUCUUUCGCCUAG